AUGAUUAGCGGGUUUUAAACAGGAAAAAAUAAAAAAAUAUAACUAGUUGAAAAUGAUAAAUACAAUAAAAUUAUCAUUCAAUUUGAAGAUUUAUCAGAAGAAGAAGAAAUUAUUAAAUCAGACAAUAAACCAACAAAGAAUGAUUUAAAUUUAUUAAAUUCACUUUCAAAAGAAGCUAUAAAAAUAAACAAUUAAUUAUAUCAUCCUAGUAAAUUUGCUGAAUAGGAAUUUAAAUUUAUGAGUAAAAAUCCAAGAGAUUCAUUAUCAGAGAAAAAAAUUUCAUUUUAAACUGUAAUUAUGGCAGAUGAGAUAUAAAAAGAAAUUAUUACACCAAUUAAAAAAAAAGAAUACAAUAAUAAUAAUGAAAUAUUUUAAAUGAAUACAAUAUUAUUAUCUAAAAUUAGCAAAUUACCAAAGUGUUUAAUUGGAGAAAAAUUUUAUGAAAUCUCAAAAUAAUUUAUGAAGAAUUCUUUAUUGAAAUUUAGUUCAUUUUGUAGAUUAUCAACAAUACCAUAAAAUUUUGAUUGGAAAUUAAUUAAAGAAUAUUUUAAACAAUAUGAUGUUGAAAAAGAUUGGUUAUAUGAAUAAGCAAAAUUAGUAUUUUGGAAAUUAUAAUCUAAAAAUAAUUAUACAGAUUAAAAGUUAAUUUUAGAAUUAGAAUAUCGUUAUUUUAUUUAAUAUAGAUUAUAAAGUAGAACUAUAAUACAAGAAAUUUGGACAAAUGAUUAAUCAUUAAAUCAACAUAUGAUUUUAUUAGUUGUUGCAAUAGAAUAAUGUUAAGGUAAAAAGAUUUUAGAAUUAUCUGAUGGAUGGUAUUCAAUCUUCUUUAUUUGUGAAUAAAGUUAUGAUUAAAUAUACAAUAAGAUCAAAAUUGGACAGAAAUUGCAUGUAACAAAUUUAAAAGAAUAUCCUAUUAUAUUUAAUACUUCUAAUGUAUAGUUAUAGUAUCAUCUAGGUUAAAAUAAUAACAUAAUAUCCUUUUAAUAAAAUGUUGGUUACUACUAAAAUUAAUUCAAUAAAAAAAGCAUAAAUAAAUUCAAAAUUAGGAAAAUAAUAAUAAAAGUAUUUUGUACGAUCACUCAAAAGCCUAAGAAAUGGACCCAUUCCAUGUAUUGAUGUCUUUAUAGUAUCUAAAUCUUAUUUAAUAAAAGUAAAUCAAAAGAAUUAACGUAAAGCUAUACUAUUCAAUUCAGAAACAGAAAAUGAAGAGGAAAUGCAAUAAUUAAGAAAUUCUAAUUUAUGUUUUUGGAUUACAGUAAUGGAUACAUUAAAUUAUUUUGAUGAAAGAAAAUAAAAAAUAACAGAAUUUAAAGAUAUAUUAGUUCAUAUUAAUGACCCAUUAUAAUAUGAAAUGAUAUCUGUUGGUUAGAGAGUGUAAAUAAUUAAUGCAAUAUAAUUCAAUUCAGAUAUCAGUAUCAAAUUAACAAAAUCUUCAGGAAUAUUAUUUGAAUUAUAAUAAUAUUAAGAUUACUUCAAUAAAUUAUAAAUUAUUGGUAAUAAACAUGAGAUUUAAAUCAAGGUUAAUAAUCAUAUAAAACUUGAAUAAAUAGAUGUAAUUGAAGGUAGCAAUGAUUAAUAUUAAAAUGUGAAAAUAGAAAUAUAAAAUAGUUUUUUUGGGGAAAUCUUAAAAGAUCAACAAAUGAAAAUUUUGAAAGUUACUUAAUUAAAUAAAAUUAAUAAUGAGAGAUUUCAAACUACAUAAAUGAGUAAAUUGAUAAAUAUUAUAAAUUAUAAUAAAUGA